UUCUGUUGUCCUGUUUUGAAGACCUCUGUCCUGACACCCUGCACCCUUCUACUCUUUUCUACUCUCUCCUUCUUUCUUUCUCCUCCUUCCACUCCCUCCACAGUGGGACUCUUCCUUCAUAAGCUCCUGUUAGGUCUGCAGCAUCAGUAUUUUGGGAGCUCUGAAGAAGCCUGAAACCAUGCUGACGUUUUUGGCACUGGCGUCGGUCGUGAUCCUGGGAAUAGUGCCUAAGCAGUCCCAGGCCAUAGUGAUUUACACCGGCUGGGAGCGCCACGCCCUAGUAGGCUCCGACAUCCGGCUGUCCUGUUCCUUCUUCUCCUGGCGCUGGACCUCGGAGGAUGUCACCUUCUCUUGGACAUACAGGCCUGACGGCUCCCGGGACACUCUCUCUAUCUUCCACUACACUGGCGGUGUCCCCUAUGUCGACAACAAGGGCCCAUUCAGGGACAGGCUGGAGUUUGUGGGGAACCCCAGCCGCCGCGAUGGCUCCAUCCUGAUAAAGAACCUGGAUUUCAGCGACAAUGGCACCUUCACCUGUGAUGCGAAGAACCCCCCUGACAUAGUGGGCCGCCCCUCCAGUGUCCGCCUGCUGGUCUUUGAGAAAGUGCCCAUCCAGGCUGGCGUGAUCACGGGGGCCAUCAUCGGGGUGGUGCUGGGCCUGCUGGUGCUCAUCGUGGUAAUCUACUACCUGAUGAGGUUCCUGGUGGCGCGCCGCGUCUUCAGCCUCAGCGUCAGCAAACAUGGCAAGAAAAAGAAAGAGGGAUCACAGCAGAGACAGAUAAAGGUCUGACUUCUCCAUGACUGCCUCCACUCCUCUAGUCUGCUCCCUUUUCUGCCCAGCCUGAUGCAACCCCCAUUAUUUCUCAUUAUCUCUACUCUUUCAAGACAGCACUGGCUGUAAGAAUAGUCCUACUAUAUCAGUGGCAACAAUGUCAAAUAAUUUUUAUGCCUCAUCUGAGAUCCUCUACACGCUCAUUGGGCUAAAGUCCUAACUAUAUUCACAACUUCCUUAGGAGGAACCCAAAGACACGCUUGUGUUUAGGGUUGCCUGAAUCUUCCCCCUUAAUGUUUACGACUCAAUCACACACUGAGCGGAGCUGUGAGUGCGCUGUGGACUUCAGGUAGAGAAAAAAAAGACAGAGAGGGAGCAGAGAGUGAUAGUGUGAGAGAAAUAUGAUUCCUGCUCUCAGCCGGCGUAGAUAGAGGUUCAAGCCCUCAAGCUCAGGGUGAUUCAAUCCUCUCACAUUUGAGCUAAUGGAGGUUGUCGCCGUGUCCCUGCCCUGGCUAGAGGGGGCUAUUUCUGGCCCUGUAAGAGCGCAUGGUCUUACUGUAACAGCUGCACAUUUUUAGUGGGGAGCGCUUGCUGUACUGUUUGUGCCUGAAUUCACGAGGCUGUCCGCUGUUGACUCGACGGCUGGCGACUGACAAACCAGAAUGACGUCACGGCCCCCGAGGGCUGGCGGACGCUCUCAGGAGGCUGACAGAAAGGCUUAGCAGGAAGAGGUGCAGCUUCUGUGCUCUGAGUUAUUUUAGGUCCAGUUAAUCCGCUUGCACGUUGUUUCUCCUCCCCAGCCCAGGGUUCAUUAUUUUAACACGUGCUGGUAACGAGAUAUCUCUCUCUACAUCUCCCUCCCUGCCUCCUCUACUGUCUUCACUCCUCUGUUAUUUACUCUUCAUCUUUGCUCCCAUGUUGGGAUUCAUCUCCUCCCUCCAAACCUCUGUUUCAUUCUCUCUGUCCUCACAUCUUUGGCUUUCUUUAUCUCGUCCUCUUCCUGUCGUCUAGUGACUCUGCACUGCAUUAUUCCCCCACAGAAUAGGCCUAUACACAAUCCACUCCACUCUUUCAGCCUCUCCUUAUCUGACUGCCAGGCCUACGGCUCAAAGCUCUGCUCCCUUCUCCUCUCUCUUCUGUCCUGCCUCCUUCUCCACGUCCUUCUUCUUCUCCUUUACGAACAAGGUGACAGACAUCUCUCUUCGCUCCCUGCGUUUUGCCCAAUGAUCGACACCACCCUCUCACUUGCCCUUCAAAAUGCCACCUCCCCCAACAGCAUGCCCCCUACAGGCCCACCUUCCCUACUUCCUCCAGCCCUUUACUGUCUUGUUUCUGCUGUUCAAAUGCCAAAAUGCUUUCCUCCGCCCCCUACUGGCAAAGAACGGAAACACAUGGGCAGAAAUCUGCCUUGAGUUCUCACUGAAGACGCCAAACAGAAACUUAUAAUCUAGCUAGCUCUUCUCCGGUCACAAAUAGGAUGCGUGUUUUAUGUAUUUGUGUGUCUAGUUAAAGAGUGCUAAACAUGAGAUUUGAAAUAAAGCAACAAAAAAAAAAGCAAAAACAACAGUAUGUCACCCUAAGUAAAGCAAAUAAUGUUUUCUGAGACAGUUUUUACAUGUAUAUGCAAGAAAACAUAUGGAGAGCAUGUUUAUUGAAGCAGAAAAGAAAUGUAAUUGUAUUUGAUGGACUAUGCCAUUAUAUUUCUGACCUUGUGUGUUAUGGAAGGUACUGUGUGGCUGUCUCUUUGGCGCACGUUUUAUUUCGAGACAAAGGGAAAUCAAGGUUGUCGUGUGGUGUCAGACAGAAGAUGAGGGGUGGAUAAGGGUUCGGUUAGCCUCAGGUUCAGUGCAACGUGGCUGGGGA